AAUGUAGAACCGGCCGCUCCCCAUAGUAAAACAAAAUAAUCCGGCGAUGCAUGUUGCGCGAACUGGGGCGCUCGCAGCCCCGCCGCCAGGCGCAGCUUCACCGCGUGUUUCCCUACACUUUUCGCCUUGUUCUGUCCCUGCCUCGCUGGGGUGAGCUCCCUCAGCGACCUCCGAGCUGCCAGGAGAAAAGGGCGGAAGGAUAUUCUUGAGAGUUCGCUGCGCCGAGAGGCGAGUGUGACAGGGGAAGUAGUUCCGGCCUCGAUUGGGCCUUGUUUCCCAAAAAUAGCGCCCAGCGGGUAUCCGUGCGCCGGUGUCAGUGUCUCCUGAGGAGCCUCAGCGGGGAGGAGGCAGGAGCGGCGGCGGUGGGCAGCGAAGGGACGCGGGCGGGUGUUUGUAAGAAGAAAUAGGAACCUUUUCUCCAGCUGAAGACAAAAGUGAAAGAAAGCUGUAUCAUGUGUUAGAAUACUGAAGAGUGACAUUUCUUGGAUUAGUAUAUUUCUGGAUAGCAAAGCGAAAGAAACAAGAGACUGAAAAUGGGGAGGAAGAAAAUACAGAUCACAAGAAUAAUGGAUGAACGGAAUAGACAGGUCACCUUUACAAAGAGGAAGUUUGGAUUAAUGAAGAAGGCAUAUGAGUUGAGUGUACUCUGUGACUGUGAAAUAGCACUCAUCAUUUUUAACAGCUCUAACAAACUCUUUCAGUAUGCCAGCACUGAUAUGGACAAAGUUCUACUUAAAUACACAGAAUACAACGAGCCCCACGAAAGCAGAACCAACUCAGAUAUCGUUGAGACCUUAAGAAAGAAAGGCCUUAAUGGUUGUGAGAGCCCUGAUGCUGACGAUUACUUUGAGCACAGUCCACUAUCGGAGGACAGAUUCAGCAAACUAAAUGAAGAUAGUGAUUUUAUUUUCAAGCGAGGCCCUGCUCUGAACAAGAAGGAACACAGAGGGUGCGACAGCCCGGACCCUGACACUUCAUAUGUGCUCACGCCACAUACAGAAGAAAAAUAUAAAAAAAUAAAUGAAGAGUUUGAUAAUAUGAUGCGGAAUCAUAAAAUCGCACCUGGCUUGCCUGCUCAGAACUUCUCGAUGUCGGUUACGGUUCCAGUGUCCAAUCCCAACACUUUAACCUACAGUAACCCAGGGAGUUCUCUCGUAUCCCCAUCACUGGCAGCCAGUUCCUCGUUAACAGACACAACCAUGCUGUCCCCGCCUCAGACCACCCUGCACCGGAACGUAUCACCUGGGGCCCCACAGAGACCACCAAGUACUGGCAAUGCAGGUGGAAUGCUGGGGACAACUGACCUCACAGUGCCAAAUGGAGCUGGUACCAGUCCAGUUGGAAAUGGCUUUGUGAAUUCUCGAGCUUCACCAAGUCUACUUGGAACUACUGGUGGUGGGAAUGGCUUAGGCAAAGUCAUGCCUACAAAGUCUCCACCUCCACCUGGAGGAGGUAAUCUGGGAAUGAACAAUCGCAAACCUGACCUCCGUGUUGUCAUCCCACCCUCCAGCAAGGGCAUGAUGCCACCACUGUCGGAGGAGGAUGAAUUGGAGUUGAACACCCAAAGGAUAAGUAGUUCUCAAUCUACACAGCCUCUUGCUACCCCUGUGGUGUCGGUGACAACUCCCAGCUUGCCUCCGCAGGGACUGGUGUACUCGGCCAUGCCUACUGCCUACAACACUGAUUACUCACUGACUAGUGCAGACCUGUCUGCCUUGCAGGGGUUUAACUCCCCAGGGAUGCUCUCCUUGGGGCAGGUGUCAGCCUGGCAGCAGCACCAUCUUGGUCCAUCCGCCCUCAGCUCUCUUGUUACUGGCAGCCAGCUAUCUCAGGGUUCAAAUUUAUCCAUUAACACCAACCAAAACAUCAACAUAAAAUCUGAACCAAUUUCACCUCCCCGGGACCGUGUAACUCCCUCUGGGUUCCCGCAGCAGCAGCAGCAGCAGCCCCAACCACCACAGCAGCAGCAGCAGCCGCCCCAGCAGCAGCAGCAGCAGCAGCAGUCACGGCAGGAACUGGGUCGCUCUCCUGUUGACAGUCUCAGCAGCUCCAGCAGCUCCUACGACGGCAGCGACCGGGAAGACCCUCGAAGCGAUUUCCAUUCCCCUGUUGUGCUGGGCAGGCCACCGAAUGCAGAAGACCGAGAGAGUCCAUCGGUGAAGCGGAUGAGGAUGGACACGUGGGUGACAUAAACGCGUGGCGCUGCUGCCUCCAGUUUUGCGUUCUCAAAGUGAACUGUCCUGACAUAUCUAAAUUUAUAAAUAAGGACAUAAGUAUAUUUAUAUGUAUAUACAUACAUGCAUAUAUAUAUCUUCACAUGCAUAUAUAUGUGCUAGUGUGUGUAGCAUACACGAAAUCAUCAGGCACUUAUGACAAACUUCUUGUAUAGCUGCAGAUGUCCCAUGGUAAAACAUAAGAGAACAAUCCUGUAGGUAUUGAUCUAGUCUGGCACUUACCUGGACUCGUUGUUUUCAUGAUAUAACCUGUUUUGCAGAGAAAUCCUCUACCCGCAGUAUAACCCUACCACACUAGAUUGCCGAAACCGGGAGGGCUCGCCUGUAGUAACGUCCCUGUGUGUGUUAUUCAAGCUGUAUGGUUACUCGUAGUUAAGAAAUAAUGCUUUGUAGCAGCAGAGCAGUAGAGAAGCAGGAAGAAGAAAGCAAUACUGUACAUAAAAUGACCUUUAUAUUACCCAACCUGGCAUGGGUCUCUAUCGCAGAGGGUGCAUGGAGAAGGGCUGAUGCUAUAAGAAAUAAACAAAAACCCUGUUUUGCACGUGCAAAAAAAAAUAAAGUAAAAUAGUGUAUUGGGUCAAAGAAGUGAUUUUUUUAACGAGUGAAAGAGAGACAUAGAGAACUCGCAUGAACUAUUCAGAAACUAUUAGCCUAGGACAUAGAACAUUAACAAAAUAAAAUUAAUAUAUUAAGUUAUAAUUGGAAGAUGUUUGGAAAAUUUGUUUUUACGUUCAUACCUUUUGAAAAAAUAUAGAAACGGAUUUUAGCUCAUGUAUAUUUUAUAUUAAAGAAAACAAUACCCUAAUGGAUUGAAGACUAUAUAUAAAGUUAUAUACAGUACUUUUGAACACAUUCUGCUAUGAAUUAUUUAUAUAAGCCAAAGCUGUAUGUUGUAGCUUUUUUGUAGAGUAUAGUUUUAUCUUAUUUUGACUUUCUAGUUUUUGCUUUCGAAGACGAAAAGGAAAAACUUGCAGGCGGAACCUUGGGGGAAAAAUAAGCCAUGAACACUUCUAUGUAAAUUUAAAUUUGAGCCAAACUCUUUUGUGUAUAUAGCAUCCUAAAUAUAUUAUCACCUUUGGUGUAAGUACCGGCGUAUUGUACGUUCACCAGAUUACAAAGUAUAUUUUUGUGGAUUGACGCCGACUUGAGAAAAGGCGAGGUCCUUAUUAAGUAGAGUAUUCACUGUUUAAUAUUUACUAUUUUGUUAAAUAUACUGUACUUUCUUUGGAUUUUAAUUAUUAUUAAUAUUAUUAUCCAGAUUUUUCAGAGGGUGUAUAAAGGGGUUAUUCCCCCUCACUGGUGGUGAAUGUGUGCUGUUCAAUUGUAAUCUCUGUGCUGUAUGGUUAAGCUUCAUUAUACAUUUUAUAUAUAUGUAUAUAAAUAGCAAAGUGGCAAAAACAAAACAAAGAAAUAAUCCGGUGUUAAGUUCAUCCUGCAUAAAUAGACAAAAUCUGUUACAACAUGUUUUAAGGCAUCGUUUUAAAGCUGCCUAUUCUGAGGAGGAAAAAAAUGAAACAACAAAACAAAACGGUGGAAAAACUUGACCUAAUUUCUCCUGGUAGGGAAAUAACACAUAUCAGAGGAGCACAAAAGGUUUUCUGAGCUGGUAAGUGGUUUGGGAUAAAGAUGCAUCCUCCUUUGUGCUGUUGCUGUGAGAUGCAGUGAGGAAUCCAGAGUCUGCCCUGUCCUGAGACCUGGCUGGUGAAAGAUUUGGGUUGUACUUGGGGUUGUUAGUAGGAUCCUGUGUGUGCGGCCUGCCUGUGCUGGAUUGAGGAAGGCAGCAGGACAGAAUCCUCUCCCCUGCUGACUUAGGGGCUUCUAGGUAAAAGCUGGGUUUAAGCAGCAGUCUCUGGAGCCAAAAACCUCACUGCAGGGGCUGAGGCCAGUUGGGUUUGGUGGAGCCGAUGCUGCAGGUCCCAUGUCCCACUCUGGUCCCUUUCCCAGUCCUGGCUGCGAGUCUCCUCUCCCUGCAUGCGUGGCGUGGUGUCCUUGCAUCCUGGGAACCAAAUUACAUAGAUACAACUCGAUCUCACUGAUGAUGAUGAUUCUAGCGCUGGGGAAGAAACUACAGCACUGAUUCAUGCUCCAAAUUCUUGUAAAGUUAGCCCUGAUAUUUAUUACAGAUUUGGUUUGACUUUAUUUUCUAAUUUAAAAAGUCUUACUGGAUCCUGUAGCCGUCAAAUGUGAGAAAUGGGAAGCCAAGGGGACAGUCCCACUCCUCGCUUGAAGGUGCAACUGAAGAACAGUUGGCACACAGCUGCCAAGGCCACCUCUUGUUGCCGUGGUCCCUUUAGAACUGUGGAUCUUGCCACUGUUUCAGCCCUUUCCAGUUCUCCCUCCCUUUAUUGUCAUUAGUUCUCACUUUGCAGAGGUGUGGAGGAAAAGGAGACUCCAUCCAAUGGCGACCGUUUCCCACGUGACUGAGUUCACUUAACCACUUGAGAGAACCUUUCAUGCUCUGGCGAGUUAUGUGAUUUCUUUCAUGAUUUAUGCACCUAUAUGAACUUUGCUGUACAUCCGAGUGGGAGUUCUGCAUUCACAUUUACUGUCUAUUUUCUUGUGUGCCUUAUAAGAUGGCUUUGCUGACUGUAUCUCAAUAGUCUUUAUUUCUAUGCAGGUUUUUAAACAGUGCUAUUACUGUUUUCUUAAACAAAAAAGCUACACAAGGGUUAGAGUUUGUAUUGAAAUCACACCAGUGAAUUAAAACAAUCGGUUCCUAGGAGCUGCUCGCGGGACUCUUCCUGUGUUGCCCCAGACCCUCCACCAGGCUCAGCAGAUUCCACCCACCCUGGCCCCGUGCCAGGGGGAGAUUCUCCUGCCACUGAACAAGUGGGAAUCACGAUUUUUAAUACCAACUGACUGACUUUGGAACAUACUUUUUUUAGGAAUUGUAAAAAUGUUUUAUAAAAAGAAUAAAAACAAAAAGGAUGCCAUAGCACAGGUAUUUCCACAGGCAAAAAGUACUUUUUUAAAUUACCUAUCCUGAAUGAAGGUGCAAGUGGAUCCAAUCCUGGUCUGAACCCCUUCAAGCCUGACCGGUUUAAGAUUUGUAUCUAUUGUGACAAAUCACCUCCAUCUCCGAGCUCUCACUGUAGUGUUUAAAAAUGCACGUAAUCAGGGAUUCGUCAGAGAAACGCUUUAGCCUUUCCUUUCACUUAAGGGACACUAAUCAUGCAUCCGAAACUUGCGAGUUACUGUGCGCACAAGAAAUACAUAGUAAAUAAGGAACAAAACAACUCCUAACCAUUGGUCACGGGAAGAAGCUUAAAUCGGAAUGUGAAAGAAAGACUUAACCAAUGUAAACAUUUAAAUCUUAGUAGGAACUUUCUUCACUUUGCUGUGCAAGAGAACACUGCUUUGCUAUAUUUAAAAUGGCUUUUUUAAAAGAGAUUUAUGUAUUUGGUAAAUGUUUGUAGUCAACAGUUCACAAAGAAGCUGUUCACGGUUUAAUGCUGAUAAGCCGUUUGGCGGCACAAGCUGGACUUUGUUGCCAUCCUUGAGACGAAUCUUUUAAGAAAAAAAAAUAAGUUAAUCUCAAUUUUUUUUUUUUCCCUGAAUGUGUUGUUUUUUCUUCAAUAUACAAUAAAUAUUCUAGUGAACUUUUUAUCAAAUGGUUAAGAAAAUGCUAGAGGUUGUUGUAAAAUAUUUGUAUCCUGCAUUCACUAAAGUAAAGAUACUGGCUUUUACUGUGUA